CUCCAGAAGGGCCGGCUCAGCGAUCCGGGAGCGGCGGGGCCAGGAGGCGGCGCAGGCGAGAGAGAGAAAGAAAGAAAGAAAGAGAAAGAAAGAAAGAGAGAAAGAGAAAGAAAGGAAAAUCUCUUGCAGCAGCAGCAACAGAAACAGCAACUUCUUCUCUCUCCUUUCUUUCUUUCUUUCUUUCCUUCUUUCUUUUUUUCCCCUUCCUUCUUUCCCUUCGAAGCAAGCGAGCGAUGUGGCUCCUGCGGCUGCUGCUGCCCAUCGCCUGGGCGUCCUGCGCUCUCCCUGCCGCCGCCCAGGAGUUCAGCCCCGAGGCCUGGCUGCAACAAUAUGGGUAUUUGCCCCCGGGCAACCUUCGCACCCAUACCCAGCGUUCUCCGCAGUCGGUGUCGGCCGCCAUCGCUGCCAUGCAACAAUUCUACGGACUUCGGGUGACGGGCAUAGCCGAUGUGGAGACGAUGAAGGCUAUGAAGAGGCCUCGUUGUGGCGUCCCGGAUAAAUUUGGAGCGGAAAUUAAAGCCAACGUGAGGCGCAGGCGCUACGCGAUCCAGGGUUUCAAGUGGCAGCAGAUGGAUCUUAGCUUCUGCAUCCAGAACUACACACCCAAGGUUGGAGAACAGGCCACUUUUGCCGCGAUCCGACGGGCUUUCCGUGUCUGGCAGUCGGUGACACCGCUGCGUUUCCGCGAGGUGCCUUACUCGUCUGUGCGGGAGGGCCGCGAGCCGCAGGCGGACAUCAUGAUCUUCUUCGCCGACGGCUUCCACGGGGACAGCACCCCGUUCGAUGGCGAAGGCGGCUUCUUGGCCCACGCCUACUUCCCGGGCCCCCAUAUCGGUGGCGACACUCACUUCGACGCGGCCGAGCCUUGGACCUCUCGCAACGAUGACCUCAGCGGAAAUGACAUCUUCCUGGUCGCCGUCCAUGAAUUGGGUCACGCACUGGGGUUGGAGCACUCGAACGACCCUUCCGCCAUCAUGGCUCCUUUCUACCAGUGGAUGGACACGGAGAACUUCGAGCUGCCAGAAGAUGACCGGCGGGGGAUACAACAGCUCUAUGGAUCUGAAGGUGGCCAUCCCACCAAACCUCCCUCGAUCCCUCGGACUACUCCGAAACCCCGAAACCCUCACAGGCCCCCCAAGAACCCAACUUACGGCCCCAACAUCUGCGACGGACGGUUUGACACCAUUGCGGUACUCCGGGGCGAGAUGUUUGUCUUCAAGGAUAAAUGGUUUUGGCGAGUACGUAACAACCGCGUGAUCGACGGAUAUCCCCUCCCGAUCGGUCAGUUCUGGGUCGGUCUUCCUGCCUCGAUCAACACGGCCUACGAGAGGAAAGAUGGCAAAUUUGUCUUUUUCAAAGGAGACAAACAUUGGGUUUUCAAUGAAGCCAACUUGGAGCCGGGAUACCCGAAACAUAUCAAGGAGUUAGGAAGGAGGCUCCCCACGGAUCGGAUCGAUGCUGCCCUUUUCUGGAUGCCGAGUGGAAAAACGUACUUUUUCCGGGGAAAUAAGUAUUACCGCUUCAAUGAGGAGACCCGAUCCGUCGACGCGGAUUACCCUAAAAACAUUGAUGUUUGGGGGGGAAUUCCCGACUCACCCCGAGGUGCAUUUAUGGGCAGUGAUGAAGCCUUCACCUACUUCUACAAGGGAGACCGUUACUGGAAGUUUAACAACGAGAAACUCAAGGUCGAACCAGGCUACCCCAAGUCAGUGUUGCGAGACUGGAUGGGAUGCGCCACCGAUGACCGCCGUGAGGGAGAAGAAGUCAUCAUCAUUGAGGUGGACAAUGCCGAGGAACGCGGGCUGAAUGCCGCCGCGGUGGCGAUCCCUGUCCUGCUGCUCCUCACCAUCUGCGCCGUGGGAAUCGCCAUUCUGAUUUUCAAGCGUUACGGCACGCCCAAACGGUUGCUCUAUUGCCAGCGGUCACUGCUGGACAAGGUGUGACCGACCUUUCAAGAUGUUUCAGGAGGACAGAUCUCACCUACUUUCCACCCUGUCUACCUGCCUGUCUCAAUUCGGGUCCGGUCUCUUUGUCACCACCUUUUGAGUCAUCUUUCUCCUGGCACCCCAUAUUCCUCCCUGCUUCUUCGUCCUGUUUUCUGUUGGAUGUCUUGUCCAGCUCGCCUGCUUGCCAGCCAUCAGCCACGUUCUCUCUACAAGAGCUUUUCUUGACUACGGUGGUCCUCCUUCUUUCCUUCCUGUCUUUCCCUCAGCCUCUCUUUCCUUCCCACGGUAUUUCCGUUAUCCGUUCUCAUCCCACUGGGCAAGCGGGUGUGCUGAGCACACCCCUUAAUUAAUUUGAUGAGGCAGAAAGUUGAGGAGCCCACUCUACGGGGGUUAUGGCCAGGCCCACCUCUUGACUACCCAUCUGUUGACCUUCGUAGAGAAUGGACACACCUCAUGACCUUCCCGCUUGCUUGCAAAACCGGUGGGCCGAAGUCCAUACCGCGAAAACUUUUAGUUCUCCCGAACGUCCCAUGGAAUUUCAAAUCUAAAAAUUGGUCUCUAGGUCUCUCUCUCGCGCCACCUUGCUGGUCUUUCCUUCCAAGGGCAAGCGGUGGAGAACCGUCUCGCCUGCGUUGCCGAACCAGAAACCACAAUGGUAGGGAAGUUGCAGGUUGUGGGUCCGUCGGUGGGCAAAGCAUUAUUAGAGCUCAGAUCUAGAGAUCCAUGGAUCUGGAAAGGUAGUACGGUGUUUCCUGCCAUUGGGUGAGAGGGAAGAAGGAACCGUGGCUGACCGGCGAUGGAGUCUUACCGAUCAGAAACAGCAGGGAGGAAAACAGGUGGGACGCUAGGGUUGGAGGGUCGGUCCCAAAAGCCAACUUUUCUUGGGUAGGGGGCAGCGAAGAAUCAUAAACUGGUCAGGUUGGAAAGGGGGCAAGCCGAGCUUUCCUCAUGACGUAAUGAAGUGGACCAUUGGUACCUUGAUAAUAUUGGGAAAUGGGGCAUGUCUGAGAGAGAAAGAGAGGGAGGGAGGGAGGGACCAAGAUUAUGUGGGCUACAGGAGAUGUUUGCCGAGACCAGUUGUCCCAUCCCAGGUGCCUUCCAGAUGUUGAGAUCUGGGGUCAUCCAAAAACUCAAGAUGGCUGCCAUCAUUGACCGCCAUCUUGAUUUUUUUUUUGAACCGCUUCCAUGGGCACCCCAGGUUAGGACUCAAUUUUCAAGGCUUGUUGGACAUUUUGGCCGAGAAUUUGGUGACGGAGUCCUCCAUUUCCCUGGAGGGCACCUAACUUGUGAUCAGGUUGACCCGCCAAAUCCAGAUAUUGGCAGGGCCGCUUCUGGAAGUCUCCAGCUGACGAUAUUAGCCUGGUGUUUACAGUUGUCCCUUAAAACAGGGGCUCCCCAACCAUAGCAACUUUUUAAGACUUAUAGACUUCAACUCCCAGAAAUCCCCAGCCAGCAUGAGGAAUUCUGGGAAUUGAAGUUCACUGGCAUUGUCAUUUAAAAUGGUCCCCAACCUUAGUUAUUUUAAGACUUUACGGACUUCAACUCCCAGAAAUCCCCAGCCAGCAUGAGGAAUUCUGGGAGUUGAAGUCCACUGGCAUUGUCAUUUAAAAUGGCCCUUAAGUUCCUUAGCUAUUUUAAGACUUGCGGACUUCAACUCCCAGAAAUCCCCAGCCAGCAUGACAGCCUGAGGAAUUCUGGGUGUUGAAGUCCACUGGCGUUAUCACUUAAAACCAGGGUCCCUAACCUUGGUAACUUUAAGAAUUAGGGACUUCAACUCCCAGAAUUUCCCAGCCAGCACGUUUGCCUGAGGAAUUCUGGGAGUUGAAGUCCCCUGGCAUUGUCAUUUAAAAUGGCCCCCAAAAAGUUCCUUAGCUCUUUUAAGACUUACAGAUUUCAACUCCCAGAAUUCCCCAGCCAGCAUGGACGGCCUGAGGAAUUCUGGGAGUUAAAGUCCACCCAUCUUAAAGUGGGACCCCCUGAUUUAAAAUCCAUUCCGAAAAUGAACGAAAAGCAGCGGGUUUUUUUUCUAAUUUUUUUUUUUGCAAAACGGGGGUGGGAUGUGUGUGGAGAGAUAAAUUGCACCAGAGAACUGCCUCAAACUGCCUUACGAUCCUGUGUCUUGAUUUUUUUUUUAAGUACAUAAUUUUAAUUAUUAUAUAGAAAUGCCUUUUUUUUUU